UACAACCAUUACUAUUUGUAGAAACAAAGAUGGCGGCACCUACUUUUGAUAUUGCUAGAGAAAAAGCUCUGGCCGAUUAUAGAAAAAGACUUCUGGAACACAAAGAACAAGAAGCAAGACUUAAAGAAAUGCGUGAGAACUUGAAGGAGUUGACCAAACAGUAUGAUAAGUCUGAGAAUGAUCUGAAAGCUUUACAAAGUGUUGGGCAGAUUGUUGGUGAAGUGCUCAAACAGCUAACUGAAGACAAAUUUAUCGUCAAGGCAACCAAUGGACCUCGUUAUGUGGUGGGGUGCAGGAGACAGCUGGACAAGACAAAGUUAAAGUCUGGGACAAGAGUGGCCUUGGAUAUGACUACACUGACCAUCAUGAGGUAUCUACCCCGUGAAGUUGAUCCUCUGGUGUACAACAUGUCAGUUGAAGAUCCUGGAGACGUUUCUUUCAAUCAGAUUGGUGGGCUGGGUGAACAGAUCAGAGAACUUAGGGAGGUGAUUGAACUGCCCCUCCUCAACCCUGAGUUGUUCCAACGUGUUGGCAUUACCCCACCCAAAGGCUGCUUGUUGUAUGGACCCCCUGGAACUGGCAAAACUCUACUGGCGCGUGCUGUGGCUAGCCAGUUGGACUGUAAUUUUCUUAAGGUGGUUUCAAGUGCUAUUGUAGACAAGUAUAUUGGUGAGAGUGCCAGGCUCAUCAGAGAAAUGUUUGCCUUUGCCAGAGACCAUGAGCCUUGUAUUAUUUUUAUGGAUGAGAUUGAUGCCAUUGGUGGUAGAAGGUUUUCUGAAGGAACAUCAGCAGACAGAGAAAUUCAGAGAACCCUGAUGGAGUUGUUGAACCAAAUGGAUGGCUUUGAUGCCUUGGGGCAAGUCAAAAUGAUAAUGGCAACCAACCGUCCAGACACUCUAGACCCUGCGUUAUUACGACCUGGUAGACUUGACAGAAAAAUUGAAAUAUCCUUGCCAAAUGAACAAGCCAGAUCAGAAAUUUUAAAAAUCCAUGCCAAUCCUAUAGCUAAGCAUGGAGAAAUAGAUUGGGAAGCAGUUGUUAAAUUGUCUGAAGACUUCAAUGGAGCAGAUCUGCGUAAUGUCUGCACAGAAGCAGGAAUGUUUGCAAUAAGAGCAGAACGCGACUACGUUAUAGAGGAGGAUUUCAUGAAAGCUGUGAGGAAAGUGGCAGACAAUAAGAAACUGGAGAGCAAGCUGGACUACAAACCUGUGUAAAUCAUGACCUUAAAGACUAUUUAUUUCACUAUGUGAGGUCAAGCAAGGAUGGUGAGAAGUUGGGAUUUUUUCUCAAGAAUCACUUCAAUGUUGGCUGGUUUAAUUUGGUUUUUCAAAUAAAUUUUUUUUCAUUUGUU